GAAAAAUAAAUUACAGAUUUAGUAAGUUAUGCUUUCGUCUCAAAUUCAUGCUAAAGUUUAUGGAACCAACUCAAUAAAUUACACUCAGAAUAAAAUUGCUAAUCACUGUCAGAGUCUGUAUAGAAAAGAUUUGUUGGCUCAUUUUGGAUGUGUCAAUGCAAUUAAUUUUUCAAGAAAUGGUAAUUUUCUUGUAUCAGGUGGGGAUGAUAGACGUGUUGUUUUAUGGAAUUCAAAUGAAAUAGUUCACAAUAUAACCAAUAAACCAAUUGUCAUGAAAAGUACACAUCAAUCAAAUAUUUUUUCUACUAUAUUCGAUUGCUGUACAGAAUAUAUUUUUUCAUCUGGUAAUGAUGAAAAAGUAAUUAGACAUGACAUUGAAAGUUUGAGUGAAAAUGGUAGAUUUUUAUUUGAUGAAGCCAUAUACUCGAUAGAUGUUUCACUGCAUGACCAGCAUUUUUUUGCAACCGCAGGAGAAGAUGGGACUGUUCAAUUGUGUGAUGUAAGAAACAAUAAUGAGUACACAAGACUAGCUUUCUCAGGAGGUGCUUUUCACAGCGUAUCUUUUAACCCUGUUGACCCUCGAUUAGUUGCAACAGCAAAUUCAGUGGAUGGAAUUUCACUGUGGGAUAUAAGAAUUCCUGAAAAGAAGCUCUUUACAUAUGGCUGCUCGAGUAGCAAUAAGAGUGCUAUGUCUGUAUGCUUUGACUACACUGGAAGUAAGCUGCUAGCAAUGUUGCGUUGUGAUAAUCCCAUGCUGUUUGAUAUUGGUAAAAAGGAACCUCUUCAAGAGUUUUCAAGUUAUGGGUUUAACAACAAAUGCACAAUGAAAAGUGCAUGUUUUGCUGGCGAUAAAGAUCAGUUCAUCGUUGCAGGUUCAGAGAAUUUCAAGAUUUAUUUCUGGGAACGAGAUCACUAUUUAGAAACUCAAGAUGCACACUUUAUGUUAGAAGGUCAUCGUUCCAUUGUAAAUCAAGUUCGAUUUAAUCGUCAAUUUAGUUUAUUGGCUUCAUCAGGUGUGGAGAAAUCUAUAAAAGUUUGGAGUCCGUAUCAAUUUAGUGGCUGUGUAGGUGACAUUACCGGUGAAGAGAGUUUUAUUCAACGUAAGUGUUAUAGUCGACACGAACGUGAGAGAUUAUAUAGACACCAACAACUAAGUCAUGACUACAGUGCUGAGUCUCUCGAAGAAGAUACCGGUAUGCUUGCUUUUUUUGAUGCUUUAAUUGAAAAAUCGCAAGAAAACUCAGACUCAAGCGAUAGUGAAAAUGAUCAUCCUAUAAGGGCUUUAAGUGCUGUCCUAAACCUGAUUGACUUACCUCCGUUAAGUACUGAGGUCUCGCUAAGUAAUGAAGUCUCUGACGAAACAAGUAGCGAUGGAAAUAUUCUAGGAAGCGCUCCGCGUUUAGAACGAACUAAUCUUGAAGCAGAUAUUUACGAGCUACGAAAAAUAUUUCGCGGUAAUACGCAACCAGAACGCGGUAAUACGCAACCAGAAUCAAGCAGAACGGCUAUCUCGUUCAACAAUGAUGGAAAUAUGAAUAAAUUAGAUUUAGAAAAUUCUAUCAGUCCGUUUUAUAAAACUAAUGUUAAUGUAAAUCUUAAUAUUGAAAAUAUUAAUACAGGUAUAUUAUCGAAUAAAGCCGAUCAAUAUCCCUCAGACAAUUGUUUUUCUCCAAUAUUAAAAGAUAUUAGUUGUGGCUCCAGUCAAAAUGCAUUUCCGGUACCUUGCUCAAGCAACUAUACUGAAACUAAUGAUUGUAUGAACUCAUCUAGAUUUAAAAUAACUAUUGAAUCAGAAGCAACCAUAAAGACACAUGAUAAUUCUGUUGACACGUCUGUUAAAUCAGGCGCCGUAGAUAGUAGUUUAUCACCAGAAGUAAGUACUUUUUAUGAUAACCAGCGGUUAUUAAAUUGUGAUGUUUGCUCCACCUACACAACUUCUUCAGAUCAACGUGAAAUUGAUGAUCAAAUAAGGGACAUGGAAACUAACUUGAAUCCAAAUUUCCAAACCGGUAUUAUCGGACAAUUUAAAAAAUCUGAAAAACGAAAAAAGCGAAAGUAUCGAGCUACUAACGAGAAAAAGAGGUGAAGUUUUGCCUUUUAUAGCGUUAAGAUAUUGAAUAUUGAUUUUAUUGUUCUAA